AUGUUUUCCGUGGGCUCGUCGCCGCAGGGAGCGAUGCAGCCGCAUGGAGCUUCGCCUUUCAGCUCGGCGCGCAGCGAUCGCAGCCGUGCUGGCACUGCCAUGAUGCCAGCAGCACAAGAGCAACAGAUGCAGCUCGUACGACAGGAGCUUCAUGAAUCUCUGGAUGCAGCUUUGUCAAAGCGACGUGAGCUUGUGCAGUCCUUGGACCAGCUGACCAACCAGCGACAAGGUCCAGUGGGCUAUGGCGGCCAGGUGUCCUCACGCUAUGACCAGCCUGUGUCCAGGGCAACACAGCAGAAUCUGGACGAUAUUGAUUGGCGAGUGGCAAGGCUAAUGUACUGUCUGGACCCGAAGUACAACGCCGUUCUGGAUCCGGCCAUUGCUUUUGAAAUCCAGCAGAAGAAGUCUGAAGAUGGCAUCUCGGUUUGGAAGUGGGAUGUAGAAGCCGAAAUCGCAAGAAGGAUGCCAUUACUAAAGCAGAUUGGGCCAUCAUGUGGAUCGACCUGCUUGUCAAUGUGUCUUGAGUAUUUGGGACUUCCAUUGAACCCAUGUUUGAUUGAGGAGCGUAUUCAUCCAUACGGUACUCUGGAUUUGGGUGAGUUGCCCUCGACACUUGCACGCUUUGCUCGACAGCUGGGCUUUCGGGCACAGCACUAUAAUCAUGGCACCAUGGAGCACUUGGCGGAACAUCUUCGGAACGGACACGCGGUGAUUCUAAUGCUUAACUAUCGCAAGGGCACUGGACAUCUUGUGAACUUAAUUGGAGUCGAGCGCCACAAUGGGGACAUUGUCCAGUUGCGUAUACGCAACCCCUGGGGCUUUGAUGAGAGGAUUGAGGCUUCAGAAUUUCUACAAGAGUGGCACUGUAUGCGACAAUCCCGAAGAUCGAGCAUCGGGUGUUGCUUCCCAGUCUUCGAUGCAGCUUAUGCCGUUGUAGCCGCUCCAGAUGCCGACAGUGCUGCUAACCCAUUGCCAGCGAUUGGUGUGUCAGACUGGCUACACUCUGCGUCUGUAGAUUUGUUGGUCCAUUCAGCCAAUGGGCUUGGUGGGAGUUUCUCAACAAUCCUUGGUGGGCAUUGGUUGUUCGGUCUUGGCCAGUUCUUGGGGAACCUCCUAGGUACGCUUGGAGGCUUUGGCGCCUAUGUUCUAGGCAAUCUGUUGGGCCUCAACAUGGAAUUCAAAGGCCGCGAAUUGAGAGGAGCAAGAGCUUCCUUGCAACAAGCAUCAUCAGUGUUUCGACUUGCUUCUUUGCUCCAAGUAGCUGGGUGGUGUUGUUCAAUGAUGGGUGGUGUGCUCGCGGCAUGUGUCCGCUUGAUAACAAUCCCAUUGGUUUUGCCUGGUGAGCUAUGCGCUGCCCGUGAUGCUUUGAGAGUGCAAGGACGGUCGGCAUCCAACUCGGACACAGAGAAAAGCCGAGCGUUACGGAUCGGGUGGUGA